GUCACCAACCGUCGGCCACAGGAUGGUGCACAUUCUGGGUGUUCUGCUGCCCGAUACGCAGCUGGCGAAGUUCGCCCUAACACAUUUCUACGGCAUCGGACACAAAACCGCGCACCGUCUCUGUGCCCGGGUGCAAAUACACGAGACAUGCAAAGUCCGGGACCUCACGUCUAACCAGAUCACGGCCCUCACCGCCUUCUUGUCCUCCCCAUCCACCCAGCCGUCUCUGCCGCGCUACACACUUGCCACAUCGAACUACGUGCCUCCGCGCGUCGGCGAGCCCGUCCCAGAAAACGCGGCCACUAUCACAAGUGCGGAUGGCGCACCGGUGAAGGAGUCGCUCGGCGACCGCCUGAGGAACAUCAAGAUCGAGUCGGAGCUGAGGAGAGAAAUCAGGGAGAACAUCGCGCACCAGCGCAUGAUUGGCAGCUACGUCGGGCGGCGGCACGCCAUGGGUCUACCGGUCAGGGGUCAAAACACCCAGACCAACGCGAAGACGGCGAAGAAGCUCAACAGAGUGGAGCGGUAUUAAUAAACGUUGGCAUUGGUAUGGACGAGUGGUCGCUUUCACUAAUACAUGCAUUGCAUUGG